CCGACUACAGUUGAGAAAGAAAAUCAGAUUUCCUCUUGAUUAAAUACAUCUUGUUUGUAAUUCAAUUCGCAGCUGAAUAGCCAUGAGUCAUCACCAUCAUCCAGGGCAUGGACCGCAUCAUCCACCACCACCACCACCCUAUGGCCAUCCUCAUCCACCACCGCCACCACCACCCUAUGGCCAUCCUCAUCCACCACCACCACCUUACGGCCAUCCUCAUCCUCCACACCCUCACGGGUAUCAAGGUUACUUCGACCCUCCACCGCCGCCGCCGCCUCCGCCUCACCACCACCACCACGAAUAUUAUGGUGAUUCUGGUUGUUCUGCCAUGCUAAAGAGCUGUUUGGGAUGUCUUUGCUGCUGCUGGCUGUUUGAGCGCUGCUGCUUCUAAGAGUGUUGGAAGAUUGUGUUUUUAUUAUAUAUUACUUAAUUAAUAAAAACAAAACAAUGUGUAUCCUACUUAUUAUACUUAUAUGUAAUGUAAUGUAAUGUAAUGUGUUUCAUUUCACUAGUCAAUCAAAAUGAUCAUGUAUUCAUAUGUGAAAUGAUGAAAGAAAAACAUGAGAUUGAAU